GGCGGGACUGCCCUAGGGGUCGCCUCGGGCUUCGGGGCGGGGGAGUUGCUGCCUCGGACUCAGGGGUUCCGACUUCCUUCGGGAAGCCUGGGGCUAAACCCCAGAGUCGCCCGGCUCCCGCCCGGAAUUCCGGAGACAGCGGAAGGGCCGACGUGGCGGGUGUCUGGUGGUUCUAGGUGCUUGGCCGGGUGAAGAGAGCCAGCCGUUCCUUCUUGGGUCGCGACUUGGAAUGGCCAAAUAUCACACUGAGGUUCAAAGUUUGAAACUGGAUGAUGAUUCAGUCAUAGAAGGAGUAAGUGACCAAGUACUUGUGGCAGUUGUGGUCAGUUUCGCUUUGAUUGCUACCCUGGUAUAUGCACUUUUCAGAAACGCCCACCAAAACAUUCACCCAGAAAACCAAGAAUUAGUAAGGGUGCUUCGGGAGCAACUUCAAACAGAACAGGAUGCCCCUGCUGCUGCUCGACAGCAGUUCUACACUGACAUGUAUUGUCCAAUCUGUUUACAUCAAGCCUCCUUCCCUGUUGAAACAAACUGUGGACAUCUUUUUUGUGGUACCUGCAUUAUUGCAUACUGGCGAUACGGUUCAUGGCUUGGGGCAAUCAGUUGUCCAAUCUGUAGACAAACGGUAACUUUACUGCUAACAGUAUUUGGUGAAAAUGACCAGUCUCAGGAUGUUGUAUCAUUGCGUCAAGAUAUUAAUGAUUAUAACCGGAGAUUCUCAGGGCAGCCCAGAUCUAUUAUGGAAAGAAUUAUGGAUCUACCUACUUUACUGAGGCAUGCAUUCAGGGAAAUGUUUUCAGUCGGGGGCCUUUUCUGGAUGUUCCGCAUCAGGAUAAUACUUUGUUUAAUGGGAGCUUUUUUCUAUCUUAUAUCACCUCUAGAUUUUGUACCUGAAGCCUUGUUUGGAAUUCUAGGCUUUCUAGAUGAUUUCUUUGUCAUCUUUUUGUUGCUCAUCUACAUCUCUAUUAUGUAUCGAGAGGUGAUAACACAGAGACUAAACAGGUGAAAAAAUGUGAGUUUACUAAAAUAUUUCAGCUAAUACGUGAAAUCAAACAGAAGGACCCAUGGCAGCAUAUGGCAUUUGAAUAUUAUUAUAUGAGCGUAAAACCACUGUAUGACAAACAUUUGAUUUCAUUUGGCAAAUGUCUAGCAAUAUAUGACUGGAAUUUUUACAUGUACAGGU